AACACAAAUUAAGAAUAGCCCAAAAAACACACUGGUUUUAGAGAGAGAGAGAGAGAGAGAGAGAGAGAGAGAGAGAGGGGGGAUGGAGAGGAACUCCUCCACCACCACCCUCUUCCUCUAUCUUCUUCUCACUACAAUCACCUUCUCCUCCUCUUCUCUCUUCUUCUUAGUUAAAGCUGAUGAUCCCUACAGGUUCUUCACAUGGAAUGUCACCUAUGGUGACAUUUACCCACUUGGUGUUAAGCAACAGGGGAUUUUGAUAAAUGGGCAAUUUCCAGGGCCUCAAAUAGAGGCUGUGACAAAUGAUAAUCUCAUCAUAAAUGUGUUCAAUAGCUUAACUGACCCCUUCCUCAUCUCAUGGAAUGGGAUUCAACAAAGGAGAAAUUCAUGGCAAGAUGGAGUUUUUGGCACAAAUUGCCCGAUCCCCCCCGGAAAGAACUUCACGUACAUUUUGCAAGUUAAGGACCAAAUCGGAAGCUAUUUCUACUUCCCUUCUCUCGCCUUCCACAAGGCGGCGGGCGGAUUCGGCGGCAUUAGAGUCCUCAGCCGUCCGAUGAUCCCCGUUCCGUUCCCCCCUCCCGCGGGCGAUUACACUAUAUUGGCCGGAGAUUGGUUCAAAGCUAACCACACCGAUCUUCAAGCUAUCUUAGACAACGGAAGCGAUCUUCCUUUUCCCGAUGGGCUUCUCAUUAACGGCCGAGGUUGGAACGGGAACACGUUCACAGUUGAACAAGGGAAAACAUACCGGUUCCGAAUUUCCAAUGUGGGUAUCUCGACAUCGCUAAACGUAAGGUUUCAAGGCCACUCGAUGACUCUAGUCGAGGUGGAAGGGUCGCACACGGUCCAAAACACUUACUCUUCGCUCGACGUCCAUCUAGGGCAAUCAUACUCGGUUCUACUCACCGCAGAUCAACCAGCUCAGGAUUAUUACAUUGUUGUCUCCACCCGAUUUACUAGCCCAGUUUUGACCACCACCGCCGUCCUCCACUACAGCAACUCCGCAGGGGCCCCUGCAGGCCCGCCACCCGGCGGGCCGACUGUCGAAGUUGAUUGGUCGCUCGACCAGGCCAGAUCGCUUCGGUGCAACCUAACCGCAAGCGGGCCAAGGCCGAACCCGCAAGGCUCAUACCACUAUGGGCUAAUCAACACGACCCGAACCAUGAGGCUCGCAAAUUCCCCGGCAACAAUCAAUGGCAAGCAAAGAUAUGCGGUCAACAGUGUAUCAUUCGUUCUAGCUGAUACUCCGCUGAAAGUCGCCGAUUUUUAUAACAUUCCCGGAGUGUUCUCUCUCGGAAGUAUUCCCGACAAUCCGACCAAUGGCGGGGCCUACCUUCAAACGUCGGUUAUGGCGGCCAAUUUCCGAGAUUAUAUUGAGAUUAUUUUUGAGAAUGGCGAGAACACCGUGCAAUCAUGGCACAUUGACGGAUAUUCCUUCUUCGUUGUCGGGAUGGAUGGCGGGCAAUGGACGCCGACCAGUAGGCAGAAUUACAAUUUGAGAGACACUGUCGCUCGCUGCACCGUACAGGUGUACCCUCAAUCAUGGACCGCGAUAUACAUGGCCCUGGACAAUGUCGGCAUGUGGAACAUAAGAUCGGAGAGCUGGGCUAGGCAGUACUUAGGGCAGCAGUUUUAUCUCCGCGUUUACUCUCCUGCGAAUUCGUGGAGAGACGAGUAUCCAAUCCCGAGGAAUGCCCUUCUCUGCGGCCGUGCAUCCGGCCGUCGAACUAGGCCGCUCUGAUCGACGAACAAUCCGGAUUUAAGUCACGAAGGGGUGACAUUUUCUUCUUAAUUAUUCAUCACAAGAGAGUUGCAGAUAAAAUGUGCAAUUUUUCAGCUGGAAUGUGCUGCUUUAAUUUCUUAAUUAUUAUUCACGCUAUCUUAUCAAUUUUGUAUUGGUUUCUGCAUCUGCACUCACUGCUGAUCAGAAAUGUUUUGUAGUAUGAUCAUAACUUAUUUCUUAUAUCUUAAUUAAAUUUGUCGCCAAUUUGGGUCUUUUUGUAUGA